AUGCGAGGAUGUCUGCAGUUCGUCGGAAGGCUGAGCGCAGCGCCGAAACCUCCGGCGAGCCUCAAGUCGCUUGCGGGCUUUCUAUACAGCCGUAGCUCCCUAAGACCAUUUACAACAUCCGCAGUAUGGAAUGCGGCCCGAUCACGAUCACCUCCUGGCUCGCCUGAUACGGAACUUGAACGGAGAAUCGCCGCGAUUCCAAUCGACCGAUACCGCAAUUUCUGCAUAGUCGCACACGUCGAUCAUGGCAAGAGUACGCUCUCUGAUCGGUUACUUGAGCUUACGGGCACGAUUAAGGCCGGAUCUAAUAAACAGGUGCUGGACAAGCUUGAUGUUGAGCGAGAACGUGGAAUCACAGUCAAGGCACAAACAUGUACAAUGCUAUACAACCACCAAGGCGAAGACUAUCUACUGCAUUUGGUGGAUACACCCGGACAUGUGGAUUUUCGCGCAGAGGUAUCACGCAGUUAUGCCAGCUGUGGAGGUGCUUUACUUCUGGUUGAUGCCAGCCAGGGAGUUCAAGCACAAACUGUGGCCAACUUUUACUUGGCUUUUGCUCAAAACCUUGAAUUGAUUCCUAUCCUCAACAAGGUAGAUUUGCCAUCGGCAGAUCCAGAGCGGGCUCUGGAGCAACUGAGAAAUACAUUCGAGUUAGACACUGAAAAUACAGUAAUGGUUUCGGCCAAGACUGGUUUGAAUGUGGAGGCCAUUCUUCCGGCAGUUGUUGAGAAGAUCCCUGCGUAUGUAAUUACCCAAAACCCACUUCGCAUACUGCUGGUCGACUCUUGGUACGACUCCUACAAAGGUGUCAUUCUUCUGGUGCGCGUUUUCGACGGCGAAGUACGUGCAGGUCAACAACUUGUGUCGUUUGCAACAGGUCUCAAAUACUAUGUUGGCGAAGUGGGCAUCAUGUAUCCCCUUGAAACCCCACAAACAGUUCUUCGCGCCGGCCAAGUCGGAUACAUUUACUUUAACCCAGGCAUGAAGCGAAGUAAAGAAGCCAAAAUUGGCGACACAUUCACCAGAGUAGGCUUCGAAAAACUUGUCGAACCCUUGCCAGGAUUUGAAGAACCCAAGUCAAUGGUCUUUGUGGCUGUUUAUCCCGUGAACCAGGACCUUUUCGAGCAUCUAGAGGACAGCAUCAAUCAACUUGUCUUAAACGAUCGAAGUAUCACUCUUCAAAAAGAGUCCUCUGAGGCUCUUGGAGCAGGUUUCCGGAUGGGUUUCUUGGGUACACUUCACUGCUCGGUGUUUGAAGAUCGUCUGCGGCAGGAGCACGGUGCAAGCAUUAUUAUUACCCCGCCCUCCGUUCCGGUGAAGGUCAUAUGGAAAGACGGAACUGAAGAUAUAAUCACAAAUCCAGCCAAGUUUCCCGAGGACGACACCCUGCGCCUGAAGGUUGCUGAGGUCCAGGAGCCGUAUGUAUUGGCCACCUUGACCUUCCCGGAUGAGUAUCUAGGAAAGGUUAUUGAGCUCUGCGAAGCCAACCGAGGUGAACAGGAGAGUAUCGAGUAUUUUACAACGAGCCAGGUCAUCAUGAAGUACCAGCUGCCACUGGCACAUCUGGUUGACGACUUCUUUGGCAAAUUGAAAGGUGGCACCAAGGGCUACGCCAGUCUUGACUACGAAGAAUCUGCCUGGCGAGCAGGCAACAUUGUCAAGCUUCAGCUUCUUGUCAACAAGGUUCCUGUAGAUGCCGUGUCGCGACUCAUGCACAUGAGUCAAGUGAGCCGACAGGGCAGAAUAUGGGUGACUAAGUUUAAAGAGCAUGUUGAUCGACAGCUCUUCGAGAUCAUUAUCCAGGCUGCAGUGGGCAAGAAGAUUAUUGCUCGUGAAACCAUCAAACCCUAUCGGAAAGAUGUGUUGGCCAAGUUGCAUGCUAGUGAUGUGAGUCGACGACGAAAGCUGCUGGAGAAGCAGAAAGAAGGUCGCAAGAGGCUCCGGGCUGUUGGAAAUGUGAUUAUCGAACAUAAGGCAUUCCAAGCAUUCUUAGCCAAAUAA